AUUUUGUAAAAUAUAUAUAUAAGGAAGUAUAAGAAGAAUAUGUUAAAUGUACAUUCAACGUUUCUAAGAAACGCAUUGCAAAUUUCCUUCAAUUAUAUAAUUAAUAUAUAUGUUUCUCGUUUCUCUUUUAAGUAUUCAUUAAAUUCAUUUCACUAUCUCUCUUGGCACAUAAUUUUAUCUGAUCUUCGAUAGUUGCGAAAGUUUGCUCGCUAAUCAAACAGACAGACAGAAAAGUGUGCUUUGGCAUAUAACUUCUUAUACUGACUUAAAAAGUAUCCGACGUCGCUGAUGAGAGUCGAAGAUGCAAUUUCGUGGGAUACGCCUCCGAGGCACGCGAUGUCGCGCGACACGAUUUCGUCUCCUCGGUGUCUUCAGUCUUCUCUCGACUCUCCGCCCCGACGAUUGCCCGAUCACAGAAGGAGCGAGCGACUUCUGCUGUGGCACAAUUAAGUCACCCCCGAAGACGUCGCGUGUCUCAGACGCGUUUUAAUCUCUCCGAAGAUUUUACCUUUUGAUUGACACCCAAUAAUUGUGUAAAACAUAUCCUUCCAUCUUCGCCAAAGUCCUUAUUUGUAUACAUAUUUUGGAAGUAGAACUAGUCGUUUCUCGUCGUGCGACAGCUUCCUGGGGGUGCGCGAUGACAGUCGGCGAUCCGUCAGCGGAACCGGAAAGAUCUUUCGACGACGUCGAGAUCAAGGUCACCGUCGAUGCGCAUAAAACUAGUAUAUUUACCCUCUAUGCAAAGAUAUUUCGGCUCCUUCUUUCCACGCAGACACCGAAUCUCAGUCUUCUCAGCGAUGAGGAACGCGACAAAGAACUCGAAAAAUUGAUAUUGCCAAGCAAUGAAGAAUGGCGUCACCGAGUUUAUCACAGCCUCGUCGAGUUACAGAGGGAAAAGGAUGCUGAAACCGAAGAUAAAAGGACGGAGGAGCUUAAGCGGUCUAUGAGCCGCAAGAAUUCGCAGGAUGACUGGGAAUGGCGUCCCAGAGAGGGAGGACAUCUCCCUAAGGGAAGAAGAGACGAAAGUCAGGACGUCGUGGCUUCCUUGAAGGCCAUCUCGGGAUCCGGUGGUUCGAUGACGGAGGCUUGCGUAGAACCGGGUUGGCGUGUCAAUGAUAUCGUCCUCGCCGCCAAGGUUCUCCAAAAUGCGCGACCCUCUCCGAGUUAUGCCAAUGAAGCUGAAAUGAGACGCGUCUUUGGUUUAGUCUACGACGUUUUGAGAUACAAGAACAUUUUGAACCGUGCUCUCGAAGACGCUGGAUUUUGGUAUGAAAAUUCAGCUCUGAAGCAACGAGAAAGGGUGGUCUGGUUAUUGUUGUACGAUAUGCAGGGAAGAAAAUUUGCACGACGGCGUGAUGGAAAUGCACUUGAGAUUCGAAACAGGAUAUUCAAGACUUAUGGAUUGAAGAACAUCGAAAACGCUCUUUUGAAGGCAAAGACACAUCUGGCAGCAAGCAUCUCGCGUCUUCGUAUCGGCGGUUCAGCGCUCAGUCUUGACGAGCUUCUUCCAAUGCAUUUGCGCACCGCUGAAGGAAUCAGCUGGUCCGAUGAAGGCGCGAUCGCUUCCGGAUGGAUCAACACCAUGAGAGUAGCUGAUAAGGACGAAUUUGUUAAAGACAUGUCGCGGCUGAAGCUCGAAUUCUGCGACGACAUUAGAACCAUGGAGCUCAAGGAGACCGACUUCAUCUUCGAUACAGUUUGCCCGAAGAUAAUCAAUUUGCAUGACAAGGCGCGGGAGAGACUCGCCGUGUCCGAUCUGGUUCACAGCCAUCGCUUUAUCUUUCUGGAAAGAUCCUUGUGUCUCGGAGCAGCUACGCUGGCCCAGGCGAUCCGCGUCGCUCGUCUUUGUGGUCCCGUCAUCCUCACGCACUCAAUCGCACCUCGUCACACGGGAUACUUGGCGGGACUCCUGGCUGACAUCGAGGACGCCGGGAGACUGUUGGUCUUUGGCGCCGGGGAUCGUCGCUGCGAAUACGAGGCUUAUCUCGAGACCCUGGGCGUUACUCUGCAACACUGCCAAAUUUUCUCCGAAAAAUACGUAUCUCCACCAACAUCCAUCGAGCUGGAAAGAGCGACUGUCGUUCUAGCAACUCCCCCAUGCAGCUACACCGGCAUCCGGGACAUCGUCGACCUCGCUGUCGCUCGCGGCGGCGACAUCGGCCUCCUGGAAUCGUUGACCAGCGACCUGACGGGUGGCGAGAUGAAGCAUCCCCGGGCUCUGCUCGCCGAACAAUUUUCCACGCUUAAGCACGCGCUCACCAGGCCGAACAUACAGUUCCUGAUAUACGAGGUGCACACGAUUCUCCCGUCCGAAACUACGGAGAUGAUUCGACAGGUUGUCGAAUACGCCAAUCGAAUAGCCACGGAGAAGUACAUUCGCGAGCAUCCUCCAAAGAGGAAGGCUGCAUCGAAAGAUGGUAGCGGAAAAGUUUCCAAAAUUAGACAACCUGCUAGACAAGAACAGGACGAUCAUUCGCAGAUGCAGCACGAACAAACGCUCUCGAUCAAGCAGGAGGAUGAGGAUGAAGGAGGAUCAUCGUUGAUGACGACUGAUGACAUUGUCAUCCCCGACAGUGAUUUGUUCGAAGUGGGAAGUAUCGACGAAAUUUACGGCGAGGAUAGCGAGCGGACCCUAGAUCCAGGCUGCUUCGUCGCCGUAAUAAAACGAAAGGAGAUGAUGCAGUUCGAUUCGCUUUUUAUGAUCAAGGUCGCGGAAUCGAAGGGAUUAUUCGGCGAUCCUGACAAGGAGCGAACCCCGAAGCAGAGGACUGAAGUAACGUCGGCGGCGACGCGUCAACCGUCGCGAACGAAUCGCCGAGGUCUCAAGCGUGCCAAAAAAUAUGAUUUAUAUCGACUGGAUAAAGGUCCGCCCGAAAAAGCGACCCUAAAUAUCAACGAUGCCACGAAUGCUCUCAAAAAAAUGAACUACAUACGUCGGAUGGAGAACAAAGCCGCGGAGCUAUACAGACAGCGACUCAUCAAUGGUUUCUUACACUUAUAUGCCGGCCAGGAAGCUAUAGUGAUGGGUCUCAGGAUGGCCAUUGCCGAGCAGGACACCGUCAUCACGGCGUACAGGUGUCACGGCUUCGCUGUCAUCUUCGACAUCCCGGCGCGGGCGGUUUUCGCGGAACUUAUGGGACGCAAAACUGGUGCCUCCAAGGGCAAGGGCGGCUCGAUGCACAUGUAUGCGCCGCGAUUCUACGGCGGCGACGGUAUCGUUGGCGGACAGGUACCGAUCGGCACCGGUAUGGCUCUGGCCCACAAAUACAACGGCACAGGCGGCGUGGCUUUUACGUUGUACGGCGACGGUGCGGCUUCGCAGGGCCAACUCCACGAAGCUUGGAACAUGGCGAAGCUGUGGAAUCUGCCGGUGGUCUACAUCUGCGAGAAUAACCACUAUGGCAUGGGCACGGCCGUGCACCGGGCAUCCGCGAACACGAAGUUGUACACGCGCGGAGAUCUCAUACCUGGAAUAAAGGCUGAUGGAAUGAAGGUCGUGGAUGUGCGAGAAGCUGUGCGUUUCAGCAGAGAUUUUGCGCUUAGAAACGGACCAAUCGUAAUAGAGAUGGUAACUUAUCGUUACUUCGGACACAGUAUGAGCGAUCCCGGAUACUCGUAUCGCACCAGAGAAGAAAUCAAAAGUGUACAAAGCGAACAAGAUCCAAUUAUGUUGUUUAACAAGCUCGUCGUAGAGAAGGGACUUAUGACCAAGAAAGAUGUCGAGGAUAUACGCACUGCAAUGUAUAAGAAGGUCGAUGAGGAAGUGGAACAAGCCAAAGCUGAUGAGUGGCCAGAAAUGUCGGAAAUUUCGUCUAAUGUUUACGUCAAACCGUUGGAGAAGAUUCGCGGUAAAGUUCCCUGGGAAACGCACUAGAGACAAUAAUCAGUGUACAGAUAAUUUUCUCAUCGAAAAUUAUUUAUUAAUCCUGCCUCCUGCGUGUCCUCCUGUGCGCAAGAAUUUUAAUUUUUUACAACGUAGAGUGAUUUAAAUUAUUUAUUCGUACUUUAGAUAAAAAUGUAUAUCGCGUCUUACAAAAAUAUAAUGCGGUUCUUUUUGAAAGAGUAUAAUAUAAAGUAGUCUAAAACUGUUUCGAAAACAAUCUCUUGGACAUUUUGAUACAUUCAGAAACAACCAAUAACAUUGGUAAUUUAUUUCUGUUGAAAAUUAAUAUAUAAAAUAAAAUCAGACUUUUACAAUGAUGCUUUUCAUUUCUCAGAUAUCUAAUGUUGAGUCAUUACUUGAGAUAUCUCUCGAUUGCAACAUUGAAUGCUAUAGACGCAUCUAUAUUUAUCUGUAGUAGAAUACAAUAUACAACAUAAGCAAUAUUUUUUUUCCACCCACCUGCGAUGUAAAAAUCAAUUUUCAAUAAACACAACGAAUUUUUUCCUCAUUCUCAGGUCAUCUUAUAAAACUUAGUAAAGUGAAGGGAGAAGAGUAAUCUAAUUUUUUAUUGAUUCCAUUCGAUAGAAACGAUCAAUUAAGCGAUAACUUUUUUUAAAUGAGAGGACUUGAAUAAGAUGCAGGAAAUGGUAGGAGAGAUAAGAAACACGAAUAAAUGAGUUCGAUUGUGAAAGAGAGAAGAGGAGCGCGGAAGGCGGAGGACGAGGCUGAAGCGACCAUCUCGAUUCGCGGCGAAAGCACUAGGCGAGAGUCGGUUUAUGUCAUUUGCACGUAUCACGUCGUCGCGUUAAUUGAAUUCUAAAGAAUUCUGAGACGAGAAACAGUCUUCCUCUCUCUAGUAGCUCUGAACGAGAUAUCGGAUAGUUCGGUCGUUCUUUAUUCCACUUUCUUCUCAUCUUUUAAUUCGCAGCAGACCCAUCAACUCUCGAUAACCAGCUCGAAAUUCUCUGACAGGAAACAACAGCGGUGGGUGUCAGGACAGUCUUAACUCAGCAGGACAUUACGGAGUACAGAUAUCACGGCUUCGGACACAGUAUAUGAGCAAUCCUGGAUACUCAUAUCGCACCAGAGAUAAAUUCAAAACUAUACAACAUACAUACAAAGCGAACAAGAUCCAAUCAUGUUGCUUAACAAGCUCGUCGUAGGAAAGGGACUUGUGACCGAGAAGACGUCGAGGAUAUAUGCACUGCAAUGUACAAGAAGGUCGAUGAGGAAGUGGAGCAAGCCAAGGCUGAUGAGUGGUCAGAAAUGUCGGAAAUCUCGUCCAAUGUUUACGUCAAACCGUUGAAGAAGAUUUGCGGUAAAGUUCUUUAAGAAAUGCACUAGAGACAAUAAAUAAUCAUAUAUACA